AUGGCAGCUUCCGCUGUUAGCCGCUGCAAUUGGCCGCCACCGCGGCCUUCGACGUUGUCUCCACCAUCAUCGGCUUCCUCUAUGGCCGCUGAUCACCACGACCACCACGCGAGCCUCCGCUGCCAUCGGCCACCCCUCCGAGCACCAGCCCCGCGGCCAUGGUUGCCACCAUCACUCUCUCGAUCUCUUUCUCCCUCUCAUGCUCUCCCUCUUGGCCAUGAGCUCUCACUCUCCUCUGCUCUCUCUAUGGUGAACACCCGUUGGACCCGAAAUCGUAGGCAAGGAAAUGAGGUUCAGGAGGAAAGGACAGAGGCACCCCAGGGUAGCCAACCGCAUGAGAGGAAUCAAGAAGGUGGAGAUCGGAUGACCCGAGUCGAGCGGAUUCUUGAGAACAUGGUAGGAGCCGAUCCUUGCGAAAGCGAGUAUUGGGUGGAACAAAUCGAGAAAAUCUUUGACUUCAUUGGCUGUGAUGAGGAGGAUAAGGUCAGUUGUGCCACUUUUCAACUUCGAGACGAGGCAGAUCAAUGGUGGAAGACGAUGCAGAGGGCCUUACGAAGUCCUGAAAGGCAAAGUGAGCCAAAUGUUUCAUGGGCGCGAUUUAAGGAACUUUUCAAUGCUAAGUACUUUCCUCUGUGCAAGAAGAUGGAGAAAAGCCAAGAGUUCAUGAACCUGCAACAGACCAAGGGCAUGUCAGUUGCCCAGUAUGAAGAUAGGUUCACACGUCUCAUUAAGUAUAUGCCUAUCUAUAAUUUGGACGAGGAGGCCAAGGCUCAAAAAUUCCUUGGAGGAUUAAAAAUGGAAAUUCAACAAGCCUUGAGUUUCUUCGGGCCACGUACAUAUGCAGAAGUAGUCUUUCAAGCCCAAACUGUGGAGAGUAAUCAUGAGAGGAUGAACUCCUUGAGAAAUGAAUCCCAAAACCCAACGGAUAGGAAGUUUGAUAAAGGGUCUAACUUAGGAACCCGAGGGAAAAAUUUCAAGAAAAAAGAGAAUUUCCCUAAAUGUCAGAAGUCACAUCCAGGAAAGCCAUGCAAGGCAGAAACCCCAAAGUGCUAUAAUUGUGGAGCUAAUGACCACAUGAUUCGUGAAUGUACGAAGGGACGGGUGUGCUACAAUUGUCAACGACCCGGCCAUGUUUCCAAGGAUUGUCCGCAAGGGAAAGGAGCAGAAUUGGAGUUGGAAGAACUUAGUUUCCCCAUGAUGAUAGCCACUCCUUUAAAUAAAGAAAUGGAAACCCGUUUGGGUUAUAAGGAUGGGAAGAUUUCAUUUGGAAAUGGUGAAUGGGCAAUUGAGCUUAUAUCCCUGGACAUACAAGAUUUUGAUCUAAUCUUAGGGAUGGAUUUCCUAUCUAAAUACAAUGCCAAAGUGGAUUGUCGUAGAAAGGUAGUAAGCUUACAAUACGAGUGUGGCACUUGGGUGAAAUUUCGAGGUCAGGAUAGUAUUAGGGAAAUCAAGCAAAUAACUGCGCUCAAGGCCAUUAGAAUGAUGGAAAAUGGUGCUUUUGGGUAUCUGGCUUGUGUCGAAGGGGUUGAGAAUAAGAAAUGGGAAUUAGGUGACAUACCUGUGGUAAAGGAAUUUCCUCAAGUUUUUCCAGAGGACCUACCAGGAUUACCCCCUCGUCGGGAAAUUGAAUUUGCUAUAGAAGUUGUACCUGGGGUAAACCCGAUAUCUAUACCACCUUAUAGGAUGGCCCCAGUAGAGCUAAGAAAUCAGCUUCAGGACCUUUUAGACAAGGGUUUUAUUCAGCCAAGUGUGUCACCUUGGGGAGCCCCAGUAUUAUUUGUAAAGAAGAAAGAUGGGAGCUUAAGGAUGUGUAUAGAUUACCACCAAUUAAACAAAGUUACCAUCAAGAAUAAGUAUCCGUUGCCAAGGAUUGAUGAACUCUUUGAUCAGCUACAAGGGGCGAGGGUGUUCUCUAAAAUUGAUUUGAGGUCGGGAUAUUAUCAACUGGGAAUUAGGGUAGAGGACAUUCCAAAAACUGCUUUUAGAUCACGGUAUGGACACUACGAGUAUUUGGUAAUGCCAUUUGGGCUAACUAAUGCACCUGCUGCUUUUAUGGAUCUAAUGAAUAGGGUGUUUAAAUCUUACCUGGAUCAGUUUGUGAUUGUAUUUAUUGAUGAUAUCCUGAUUUACUCAAAGAGUGAGGAAGAACAUGAGCAACAUUUAAGGAUUGUUUUGGAGACUCUUCAGAAACAUAAGCUUUAUGCUAAAUUUUUGAAAUGUGAAUUUUGGAUGAGAAAGGUAGCUUUCUUGGGUCAUGUCAUAUCGGAGGAUGGAAUAGCAGUGGACCCCACUAAAGUUGAGUCAAUAAAGAGUUGGGGGUUGCCCAAGAUGGUGACUGAAAUAAAAAGCUUUUUGGGGCUAGCGGGAUAUUAUAGGAAAUUUGUGGAAGGAUUUUCCCGUAUAGCUAUGCCUCUCACACGACUCACCCAAAAGGAGGUCAAAUUCGAAUGGAGUGAAUCUUGUGAGCAAAGUUUCAAUGAGUUGAAAAAGAGGUUGAUUUCUGCACCCAUCUUGUCAAUGCCCAAUGGGUCAGGAGGAUUCAUGAUCUGUACUGAUGCAUCAAAAAAUAGAUUGGGAUGUGUUCUUAUGCAAUAUGGGAAAGUGAUAGCUUAUGGAUCUAGACAGUUAAAGCCACAUGAACGAAAUUAUCCCACGCAUGAUUUAGAAUUGGCUGCGGUGGUGUUUGCCUUGAAGCUCUGGCGGCACUAUUUGUAUGGUGAGAAAUUUGAGGUCUUCACGGACCAUAAAAGCUUGAAGUAUCUGUUCUCUCAGAAAGACUUGAAUAUGAGGAAAGGGCCUAUGUUGAUGGCCAGUUUGAUGUCUCAGGAAUGGGAACUAGUGGAGGCUUUUAGCCAGUUGACAGUGAAUGUGAUGCCUAAAGAAAUGUCUGUUUACGUCGCUGACCUGACAAUUCACUCUCAUCUUUUAGAACAAAUUCGUCAAGCUAAUUCCGAGGAUUCGAGGAUAAAGUCCUAG